AUGUCCAUUCCCGGCGUCAAUCAACCCCCGUAUCCCCUCCACGACUCCGUCAAGCACUUGUUAGACCCCGAGUACGUCGACUUUUAUAACCAACAUGUGAUCAACAACCAGCAAGUGCAUUUGCAGCCUGUCGCGGCGUCACGAACCAGUGGUGUAUUGAUUCCAGGCGCAGGACCGAUGCUGGAGGUGGGCAAGACCCAGGAUAUCACGUUUGAGCGUCAAGCUACCGAGGGCCCUGCGGUGGCUGUCCGCGUUUUUACUCCGAAAGGCGAUGUCCCCGCUGGUGGAUGGCCAGUGAUGCUGUACUUCCACGGUGGUGGUUGGGUACUGGGUAACAUUGACACCGAGAAUGUGGUGUGCUCAAAUCUGUGUGUUCGGGGGAAUUGCGUGGUGGUGACCGUUGAUUACCGUCUCGCCCCCGAAAACCCGUUCCCCGCAGCCGUUCACGACUGCUGGGAGGCCCUCCUCUGGCUGGUCCAGCAAGGGCCUUCCGUGCUAUCCAUCAAUCUGUCCAAGAUUGCAACUGGUGGUUCUUCCGCCGGCGGCAAUCUCGCUGCGAUCAUGACACAAAAGGGAUUGACACUCUCCCCUCCAGUGCAUUUCCAGGCCCAGCUGCUAUCGGUCCCGGUAACUGAUAACACUGCCACCGUGGCUAACAACGAGUCCUACCGUCUCUACGAACAUACACCUGCCCUCCCCGCGCCAAAGAUGAUCUGGUACCGCGACCACUAUCUUCCCAACGAAUCCGAUCGCACCAAUCCCGAGGCGAGCCCGCUGUUUUAUACCGGUGACUGGGCCCAGCUUCCUCCAGCGCUGGUUAUGGUUGGAGAGCUGGACGUGCUGCGGGCGGAGGGCGAGCAAUAUGCUGAGAAGCUUGUGAAGGCUGGUGUUGAGGUAGACCUCCAGGUUAUGAAGGGAAUGCCUCAUCCUUUCUUGGCCAUGGAUGGUGUGUUGUCCGAGGGAAAGAGGUGUAUUACGCUAAUGUGUGAUGCCCUGCAGAAGGCUUUCUGGAGUUGA